CUUUUUUAUCUUCCAAACAAGUCUGUCACCGUAUUGCAAAUAUUCGUACGAGCAACAUUUGGUCCAAGAGAGGGAAACGGGGAUGGCCAGAGACAGAACCACAACUCCUGAUCGUGAAGGCGGGACUCCGUCUAAUCGAGAUCUCAAAUCCUCCAAAUCCAGAAAUGUAGAUGAUUCAGAUUCCCAAUCCAGCUCAGACUCCGAAUCCGAUUGUGAAAAUGGGUCGAAACGAUCCGAUGUACGCAGACAUAGUAAAAAGAGCAAGCGGAAGCGAAGCCGUAGUUCGAAGAGAAGGGCGCGGGAUGAUGAAGAUUCGUAUUCAUCCUCUUCUACGGAGUCGGGCUCGGAUUCUUAUUCUUCGGAGUCGACGGAAGGAGAGGAGGAGAGGAGACGCCGAAGAAGAGAGAGAAAGAGUAGAGACGGAGAUGAAAAGGGAAAGGAACGCAAGAGAAAGAGAGAGAAGGAAAGUGAGAGACAAAGGAAGAGGAGGAAGGAGAAAGAAAGAGAGCAGAGGAAGAAGGACGAGAAGAGGAGAAAGAAGAAAAAGAAGGAUAAGAAAAGAGAGAAAGAUAGGGGCAAAACCAGUGCUGUUACUGAUACCUGGGGGAAAUAUGGAAUUAUUAGAGAAACUGAUAUGUGGAACAAGCGUCCAGAGUUUACUGCAUGGCUGUCUGAAGUAAAACAGGUAAACCUGGAAAGCCUUCCCAACUGGGAAGAAAAACAGUUAUUCAAAGAAUUUAUGGAGGAUCAUAACACAGCAACAUUCCCAUCCAAAAAAUACUAUGACCUUGAUGCGUAUUAUCAACGUCAAAUGCAAAAGGAAUUGAAGAAAGGCCAACAUAAGGUUGACACUGAACGUACUGUGUUUAAUGAUGAAGAACAACGUCGGCAAGAACUACUUCGAGAACGUGAAAAGCAGAAAGAGGAGCAAUUGCACGCAUUGAAGCAAUCCAUGCAAAGUGGAAUGGCUCAAGCAAUGAAAGAACAAGCUCAACUAAAGGAGGAGAUGGCUUACCAGUACAAGCUUGGCAACUUUGAGGCUGCAGCUGCUAUACAAAGGCGGUUAGAUCCAGAUGUUGCUAUGUAAAGCUGGUUGCUAGUCUUUAGUUUAGUUUGGAUAGCUGAAGCAUGAACUGAUUAGGCUCCUGCGGCGAUAAACUUCACAAUUUUACUUUGACCAAUGUUCUGUUUAGAAUGGCAGGAAAUAAACUAUGAUAUGCUUGGAUGCCCAAUAUUUUUUUUGCAUUCCAUUCAUUGCAUUACAAAGAUUCAGGAUAUAUAAUGUAGUAUUUUUUUGGCCCUCAUUGUUGUGUUCCCAUGUUGAUGCCAA